GUUAAAAGAAAAAAAAAAACCAAAUAAAGUCCUCUUUAUGAAACUGAUCCUCAGUCAAGUGUAACUUUUGAUGUCUGGUCUCUAAAGCCCCCCACUAUGCCAGCAGCUACCGUAGACCAUAGCCAAAGAAUCUGUGAAGUUUGGGCUUGUAACUUGGAUGAAGAGAUGAAGAAAAUACGGCAGGUUAUACGGAAGUAUAACUAUGUAGCUAUGGACACAGAAUUCCCAGGAGUAGUUGCAAGGCCUAUUGGAGAAUUCCGAAGCAACGCAGACUAUCAGUACCAGUUACUACGCUGCAACGUAGACUUGCUAAAAAUAAUUCAACUAGGACUGACAUUUAUGAACGAGCAAGGCGAAUACCCUCCAGGGACUUCAACUUGGCAAUUCAAUUUUAAAUUUAAUUUAACAGAAGAUAUGUAUGCCCAGGACUCUAUUGAACUGUUGACAACAUCUGGUAUCCAGUUCAAAAAGCACGAGGAAGAAGGAAUCGAGACACAGUACUUUGCAGAACUGCUGAUGACAUCAGGAGUUGUGCUGUGUGAAGGAGUCAAGUGGCUUUCCUUUCACAGCGGAUAUGACUUUGGCUAUCUAAUCAAAAUCCUGACAAAUUCUAAUUUACCUGAAGAAGAGCUGGACUUCUUUGAGAUACUGCGGUUGUUUUUCCCUGUCAUCUACGAUGUAAAAUAUCUCAUGAAGAGCUGCAAAAAUCUGAAGGGUGGAUUACAAGAAGUGGCUGAGCAGUUAGAGCUGGAAAGGAUAGGACCACAACAUCAGGCGGGAUCUGACUCGUUACUCACGGGAAUGGCCUUUUUCAAAAUGAGAGAAAUGUUCUUUGAAGAUCACAUUGACGAUGCUAAAUAUUGUGGCCACUUAUACGGCCUCGGGUCGGGGUCAUCUUACGUACAGAACGGCACAGGAAACGCGUAUGAAGAAGAAGCCAACAAACAGUCAUGACAUGAAAUGAAAGGCCACCUUUGCCACCUCCCACGUGCUUGUACAUAGGUUUUAUCUCUGGUUGAACCCCUUGGACAAUAAGGUGGUUUUUCCCUCCUUUCUCAGCACACUUCCUUUUCUGCCUUUCUAUGUACUAAAUUUGACUGUUCCUAUCACAGAUUUUGAUCUUAAAAUAUUGAUAUGUAAAAAAUUUUCUGGGUUACAUUUUGGCCUUGUAACUAGCCCGUUUGUAAAGAAGCGUGUAUAGGAUCAGUGUGGCAGAGAGAAGGGGAAAGCUUAAAUCAUAAUCUCUGGUAAACUUACCUGUAUCGAUCUUCUGGGUUUUUUGUCUCUUUCCCCUCCCUUCUCCAAAUUAACUGGCAUUGAUUGUAAUUAAUUUCCCCGUUCGUGUCUGUUCCUUCCAGUACGCAGGCGUUUUAGCUAUUCAAGAUUGUGGACCAUCAAAUUUGCACUUUAGAGAGCGACUCUGAGUCAGAUCCUCUGUUUUAUUCAAAGUUUGGUUUGGUUUCUUCUUUUUUUUUUUUGGCCCUCAGCUAGAAAACAAUCACCUGCCAAGCUCAGCAGCUUCACGCUGUGUUUCCUUGGCCUCUCCAACCCAUAAAACAUGACUUAUCUACUGUGUUAACCUCCAUUUGGUCGAGCAAAACAAACUACUGAAAUCAUAGUAACUGCUGUUAUUUUUUUGGUCGUCUUCAGACCCAUCCUGCACUCGCUGACUGCUGGUCGGCUGCUGCUUUAAAACCGCUCUGUGGUGGGGGAAAAGAAGCCUGAAAAACCAGCUUUACACCCUUCAGGAAAAGAACAGCUGUGACUUUAGCGUGGUUUUUUUUGCCAUUAAGCUGAGAGUUGAAGGCUAUUGGAAUAGUAGGAGUUUUCGUCACGGCACACUUCCCUUGAUUAACUUCUUAGCUUUUAUUCUCGUAACGUACACCUCAGAUAUUUUUUAUGAAGUCAUAUUUAUUAUGUGCUUGACUUGAUGAUUUUUUGAAAGUCAGUUUAGUUGAAGAUAAAACCCAAAGAUCUGAAAAAAAAAAUACUAUUUAAUUGAAUUACUGAAUUAGAAGGACAAUUACAUCGUGCUUUUUUUGUAGUUGCUACAAAGACAUGUUACAGAUAUUUGUUGUAAAACAACAAAAUUAUAAAUAACUUAUAGCUAAUAAAGUUACCUGAGGAGUGUAAUGCUAGUUUAUUUUUGAGUAGAUCUUCACAAUAUAUUUUAGAUAUAUUGUUUUAAAGGACCCUAAAGGACAUUCUUAAUUCUGCAUAGCAUGUGUUACAGAGCAGUGGUGCGGGAAGGAUUUUUGGUGUUGAAUAGCUAAAAACGAGCCUGGAAUGAUGGAACAUGCAACGUUGUGUGCCUGCGGCUGUGGCUGCAUCUUCCACAUGGAAAUCAAUCGUAGACAAAUCUCCAAAUGUUCGCCAAAUUAUUCUGUUUUACCUUGUACUUCAACAACAACGACAAAAAAAAUCAAACACCUUUUUUUCAUUGAGUUACUGAUGAUGUAACUGGGUGGUCCUUUUUAAACAACAAAUAAUUUGCAUAACAGAGGGUAUUUGUUUUUAAAGCUUUUGUAAAUAAAGGCCUAAGAAAUGUUUUCUUACAUAACAGA